CAUUAGACAGAGGCCCCCCGACGACCAUAGUCAACGCACGGUCAAACUAAUGUUGCAAUAUAGCAUUAUAUAGGCUUAUCUAAUCUUAUCUAAGGUUUAGACUGGGGCCAUGCGGUACGCCGCCCACGUGCCAGGCCCCAGCAAGAUCCUCGCCGCGGGCCUUGGAGCCAGCGACGAGGAGCUGAUCCUGCAGCAGUGCGAGGAGGAGGAGGAGGAGGAGCUGGGGGCGGCGGCGCCGCAGCAGCAGGCGGCGCAGCCGCGCCUGCAGCUGACGGCGGAGGGCAUGCCGUACAUUACGGAGACGGAGCCGCUCGUGGAGUGAGCAAAGCGGCCGCCGCAGCGGAGCACGGACAGGAGGCUGCAGCGGAGAGGAGGCUGAGCCAGCUUGAGCAUUCACGCAUUCUUUCAUUGCAUAUGGGGGCUUGACGUAGACUGCGUGGGGUGCAUGGGGCCCCAUAUGGGGAGUCGAAUGCGGCUGAGAGCGGCUGCGGCGGCAUUGACGUGCAUGGGUUUGGGGACCGUCAGGGGCUGGAGUGCAGUGGGGUCGGGCAGCACAGGCUUUCGGACUGUUGAUUACAGAAGGGGACGGAGAGAGCAACGCAUCAAACUACUUUGCAGCAAAAACGGCUCAGCCCAUGACCCACUUCUCUUAGGGACACCCCCCGUCUAAGUAAUGCACAUGGCGGAUAACUGAGAGGGGCGCGCACUGUGUGUGUUUUUAAGUCCAGCGGAAGUUAGGCUUGUUGUGAAUGCAGGGCUAGGGCACAGACGGUUUUGGUUAUUGAUCCUCUCUCUCACUUUGUGGCUGCCCUUAGGCAUAUUCUGCCCUGUGGGGAAGGGAAUGUAGCUAGUGCCGGCGGGGUGUUUGUUUUGCGGUUGCUGCGGCCACGUGCCAGACUUGGACGGUACAUGACUUUUUGCUAGGCGAACAAACAAUGCAUAGUGGCCAGCUGCCGGCUCGCAGCAGUGUUGAUAUAGACGGAGGUGCGGCUUCUAGGGCCAAACCGACGUCUCACAAUAUAGACAGAGGUGUGGCUCUUAGGGCCAAAUCAGUGUCUAACCACAAUAGAUGGGAGGUGCGGCUCCUGUGGCCAAACUGACGUCUAACGCUACGCGUAGGCUUGGGAGACAUGUACUGCCAGACCAAUGCGCGACAAACAAGGUGCUAAUGCGCCCCUGGCACUAGCAACUACGGGUUGUCCGGAUACACGAUCACGUGAUCUGAUAAACAACUGUAAACCGUUGUCACA